AUGUUCGUGUCGCCGUUCACAGUAUCAAUUUCUUGCGACGCGGCGAUCAUCGUGAUCUACCUCCAACGCUCCCUGGAAUUUGGAGGGACGCCCUGGUUCGUCAUUGAGGAUGGACACGGCUUCGCGACGGAGGCGGUAGAUGUGGUAUGGCUGGCGAUGCUGCGAAUCGCGUUCUUGCUCCCGCACGUCCUAGGCUUUCUCAAGCGCCGGCGCCUCAGCUGCCCCGGCUUCCACCACACCUUUGUGGUGGCGAACAUGUUCUUCGUGGUGGCAAAGGUCAUCGCCAUGCUCGUCGGCGGCCCGGACCCGAAGGUCACCCUUCUGUGGUGGCUGCUGUUGGUACUCUCGGCCGUGUCAAUCGUCGCGCAGCGCGGCUGCCUGCACCACCUCCGGAGCAGCAUGCCCACCCCGAGGUACAAGACCAUCUUCAUGGGCUCCCGGCUCGACGCACGUCUCCUCGACGAGCAGUAUGAUCACGAUACGGACAGCGACUACGACGAUGACGACGAUGACUACUCCUCGUCUGAAGAGCUGGGUCGCGGCGCCGGCGGUGUAGAUAGCAGCAUGGAGGCUGGGGAAAGGGGGGGCGGCAGCGGCGGUGGCGGCAGCGGCGGUUCGGAAGAAACCAAAGCGUACCUCGGACGCGUCACGGGCGCUUGCCGACAACCGCCCACGAAGAAGACCGAGCGCCAGCGCACCCAGUCCCGCGCCGCUCAUCCCAGUGCUCGGAGGAGAAGGAGGAGGCGGAGAAAUAGGUCGGGGUCUUUCCGGCAUCGGCAGGAGUCCACGAGAGAGCUGGUCGACUACUUCGCCGACCGGAUGCAGGAAGCGAGGGCCGCCUGGUCGGCGAGAGUGAGCGCGCUCCAGAAGAGGUGGCAGGCGUCGUUCCUGAGCGGGGACGGCUGGGGCGUGCGCGGCGGCGGCAGCCCGGCGGCGGACCGGGACGCGGCGCUUCGGCUCACGUUCGGGCUGAUCGUCCGCCUGUACGCCUACGAAGACACCCUGGAGGACCUGAGGCUGGCGGCGGAGCAGGACCCGAUGUGCCUGGAGGCGUUCGCGCCGCAGCUUGCAUCGUUUCUGGUGUGGGGCUCGUACUACAUGAGCGGGCAGAUGGAGGCAUGGCUGCUCGCGCGGUGCUCGGAGAACGUCUACUUCGCGCACGCCCUCGAGUUCCAGCUCAGGGCGUCUUGCCUGCCCGCCGCCGCUCCCACUGCCGCAACCGCGAUAGACGGAGCCCCCGCGUCUGACGGCGGCGGCGGCGGUGACUUCUUGUCUCCUAGCGGGAAGAAUCCGCCCGCCUUGGCUACUUCGCGCCGAGACAGCAGAAAUAGCGGCGGCAGCGGCGGUGGUGGUUCUCUGGCGGCUAGUGCCGCGGAGGGCGGAGGUGCGGUGGCAGAAGACGAUGACGGUGGCGUUGGCGGCGGCAUCGAUAGGGUUGGGAGGAGAGCGGUGGAGCUCCUGCUGAAGGAGAUCGCGGAGAACGGGGAGCGUGCCGCAAGAAGGCUUGUUGAGGAGGCCGCUGAGGCCGCCGCCGCCGCCGUGCGGCCGGCCAGUCUUGACAAGGGCGGCGGCGGCGACGAUAGCGGGGGUGAGUCUUCCGGGCGACUGGCUCGUGCGCCUCCGGCGAUGACGGCGGCGGUGGCGGGGAGCAAGGACGUGGCUGCCCCCGCCGCCGGCGCACAGGCGAGAACCAAGGGUGGUGUCCGGGGCGGCGAUGGCGGCGGCGGCGACGGCAAGAGCGAGAAGCAAGCCCCGUUGCUCUACCGACAGACGAUCGACUUCCUGGCAAGGCUGGGCGAAAUCGCGUCCUCCCUGACCCCGCUGUCGAAGGCCGAGCGGACCCACGUCCUGAAGGAACAACUGGCGGAGGUCGGCGAGACGUUUCUGGGGGCCGGAGCGGCGGCGGGUAAAGGGAGGAGCGGGGACGAGGGGAACGGCGGCGAGCGCCUCGUGUACGUGCCCGUCGGGGACCGUCACCACCGCAUCGUUGCCGUCCACCCUUCCGAGUCUUUCGCUUUUUCGACGAGGGAGCGAGCGCCGUGCUUUGUUUGCCUGGAAGUUGUCGGGGCGAAGGAGCCGGGGCUUGGAAGAAGGCGGCAACGGCGGCGGAGGCGGGAGGGAGACCAAGGUGGCCUCGCGGAAGCGGGGGGGGAGGGAGAAGACGAGGAGGGUGAACGAGGCGGCGGCGGUGGCGGUAACAUGCUCUCGAGAAGGAUUCAGGCCCUGCGCCAGUGGCUACCCAGCGGCGUAUCGUUUCAGCAGUUGCGAUUCCCUGGGUCGUCAAGGGGAGAAGGAUUACCGGGAGGAUUUAAAGGGUGGACGCUGUCCCUGGGUACCGAAGAGAGCGACGACGUCGAGCCGCAGAGCGUAACGGGGCAGGAGGAGGAGGAGGAGGAGGAGGAGGAGGAGGAGGAAGGAGGAGGGGCUAGGGCAAGCGGUGCGAUUCGCGUUCGGUCCGAGGACAUCGAACAGGGCGGGGGGGGCACAACCAACAACCUCGGAGUCGGCGGCGGCGGCGGCGGCGGCGGCGGCGGCGGCAACGACGACGAGAGACUUCCCAGAGAGAAGUACAGGCGUCGCCGUGGCGGCGGCUUUGGCAGGGGCCGCCCGGACGACGCGACCGCUGACCACUACCGGCUGCUGGUGGACGAGGAGACCGGGGACACUACCUCCGGCCCCGGCGUCCUGCCCUUGUCUUCCAUGGGCAACGCCAGGGACUGGUGGACGGCGAGCAGCACGGGCACGGGGCGGCCCUGGGGGGGCGACGACGACGACGUCGGCGACGACACAUUAGCGGACGUACUGGAGCGGCGCCUGCCGACGAGCAAGCCGCUGCCGGAGGGGUACACGAGAGGCGGUGGCGGCGGCAGCAGCAGCGGCGGAGCGGACUCUACGGGCGGUGCCUCGCGGCGCGGGAGCGAGGAGGAGGGGGAAUCGGGCGAUGGUGGGAGAGGGGCCGCGUCAUCGAGCGGAGAUGGGCUCCCUCAGCCCCAGGUGCUGUUCAACGAGCUGUGGCACGACAAGAGCAACCGGAUACGGAGGGUCUCGCCGUGGGCCGAGGAGCCAGGGUGGCGGCUCCUCCCGGUCAUCGUCAAGAGCAACGACGACCUGCGCCAGGAGCAGCUGGCCUCCCAGCUCCUGUUCGUCAUGCAGCGCAUCCUCCGGGCGGAAGGGGUCAGGGUGUGGCUGCGUCCGUACGACAUCGUGGCCCUGUCCGCGGACACGGGGCUGGUGGAGGCCGUUCCGGACACGAUAUCGCUGGACGCACUGCGGAGGUACCGGGGAAGCGGGCGGGAAGGGGCGAAGGCGGCGGCGGCGGCGGCGGCGGAGGAGGGAGGCGACGCUUCUGCGGCGGCGGCCUCGCGCUUCAGUCUGACCGGGUUCUUUGAGGCGAGGUUCGGGGCUAAGGGGUCGGACGGUUUCCGCGAGGCUCAGCGGCGCUUCAUCGAGAGCCUGGCCGCCUACUCCAUCGCGUGCUACCUCCUGCAGAUCAAGGACAGGCACAACGGCAACAUUCUGCUGGACUCCCAAGGACGCGUGAUCCACGUCGACUUCGGCUUCAUGCUCGCCAACAGCCCGGGGGGAAACCUUGGGUUCGAGUCCGCCCCCUUCAAGCUGACACAGGGAUUCCUGAACCUGAUGGGGGGCACGCAGUCUAGAUGUUUCCGAGAGUUCCGGGGGCUGUGCGUGGACACGUUUCUCGCCCUUCGGCGAAGUUCUCAGGAAAUCGUGCUGCUGGUGGAGAUGAUGGCCAGCGGUAACGAGAACCUACCGUGCUUUCAGGGUCCCGGGGGUGGGGCGGCGGCGGCGGCGGACCUCGCGGCGAGGUUCCAGCCGGAGCUGAACGACCCGGCUUGCAAGGACUUCGUGCACAAGCUGGUGCAGCAGUCGGCCGGGAGCUGGACGACGGCCUGGGAGGAAACUGUAAAGUUUUACGGCUUUCACACCUUGAUGGCGUUGAUCUAGGAAACGGUUCCCGACCGUGCUUCCUUGCAUGUUUUGAUCCGGGUAAAGACUAUCGCAUCUAAGAGACCAGAUGAGG